AUGUAAUAAAAUAACAGUGCAAUUAAACAUCUCAUUAAACCAUUUUCUUUUGAACUCCCCCAAUCAGAAUAAUUUAAUCCAUUACUUUUAGAUAAUCUUAAUUGGGAUUAUAUCUAAGCUAAUCUGUAAUUCAUCUUAUCUCUCUAUUCUUUAGGGAUAUAGCAUAAUGUGGACCAUUUCUCAAAAACUUUGUCUAAUCUAACUUCACAUCAGAUACCAUAAGAAAUAUGGAAUUUAGAUAAUUCAAGAAAAUGUUAGAAGUCUGCUAAUUUGCUAUGGAUUUUUAUACACAAAAUUAAGAAGAAAAAGAGAAAGAAAUUGAUGAAAAAGUUGAAGUCUUGAAAAAAAAAUAAGAAUAGUUAGAAAAGUUAAAAGAAAUUGAAAAGUAACAUGUAGAUAAACAAAAUACUAUUAAUAAAGAACUUGAAUUACUUAAAGUAGAAGCUAAAUAGGUAAAAGAAUAAGCUGUAAAAAAUAUAAUUUUCAAAUGUCAUCAUUGUGAUAAAUGUUAUCCCUCCAAAAAAGAAUUACUUAAACAUAUUGAUAAUAAACAUGUUGAAAAAUAAAAAGAUGAUAUAACUAAUCCAGAAUACUUAGGCUCGAUGCUUUAAUAAUUAUAAUAGUAAUAAAUGUAGUAGUAAUAAUCAAUGGCAAAUACAUAAUAAAGCUUUUUGAAAUAAUAACAAUUUGGUAAUACUAUGUAAUCUGUGCCGGAUCCAUUAAUGAUUGGUAGUGCUGGAUUUUAAUAAUUGAAAUAACAAUAGAUUGAAAAAAUGGAACUUAAACAAAAAAGAAAAGAAGAAAGAAGAAUUAAAAGAGAAAAUGAUAGAGAAGAAAGACAAAAAAGAAUACUUUAACAAGAAGCAUAAAUGAAAGAAUUCUAAAACUAAAUGAAAAUUUUAAUUGAAUAGAAAGUGUAAGAAAUGGUGAAGUUAAAUAGUAUGGUUGGAUCAUAAUAAUAAGCUUAAAUCAUUUAAUAAAAGAAAUUAAUAGCAGAAUUAGAGGAAUUAAAAUAGAUGAGGUUUGUAUAAAAGGAUUAAAGCAUAAUUUAAUAAGAUUAAUAAUAAGUCAAUUAGUCUAAGAGUAAUGAUGAUGAAAAGUUAUUAAAUAUUAUUGAUAAAGAAGUUAAUGAUCUUGAUAUAUCAUAAUAAAGUUUACAUUCUUAAUAAUUAUCAAGAGAUUAGAAGCUUUAAAUAAAUAAAAACUAAAAAGUCGGAGAUUAAUCUGGAAUGAUGAGUUUUCAUAAUUAUUCAUACUCAUAAAAUUCAUAAAAUAUUAUAAAUGUAAAGACAGAAAUGGGAAAGGCUCAUUAAAUAAAAAAUAAUCAAAUUAAUUAAGCUGAAAUGGCUCAUGUUGGUGAGAUAGAAAGUGAUAAUGAAAUUUUAGAUUAAGAUAAUGAUGCUUCAUAUUUAAGACCAGUAAAUAAAAAAAGUGAAGUUUAAUAAGCUGAAAUUGAAUUUAUAGAAGCUAUAAGGAAAAAGAAAAUCUAAAAAGAAGAUAUAUAAGAUGAUGAUGAUUAAGAAGAUAGAGAUUUUGAUGAUUUAUUAAACAAAGAAAAAUAAAAGUUAUUAGGUCCAAAUGUUGAAUCUUAAACCAAUAAAGAAUUGUUAGAAUCUUUAAAUAAGAUUUAAUAAUAAUCUAAACUUAAAUCAUGA